AUGGUGACGGCACUGGACAAGAACUGGCACCCGGAGCACUUUUGCUGUGUCAAGUGUGGGCAGCCCUUCGGCGAAGAGGGCUUCCUGGAGAAGGACGGCCAGCAGUACUGCCGCCAGGACUUUGCUGAGCUCUUCCCCCGCCGGUGCCGGGGCUGCGGGCGGCCCAUCCUGGAGGGCUACAUCGCCGCCCUGGAGGGGCUCUGGCACCCCGAGUGCUUCGUCUGCCGGGAGUGCUUUGCGCCCUUCGUUGGGGGCAGCUUCUUCGAGGACGGUGGCCACCCCUACUGCGAGCGGCACUUCCAUGCCCGGCGGGGCUCGCUGUGCCGGGGCUGUGGGGAACCCAUCGCUGGCCGCUGCGUCACUGCCAUGGCCCAACGCUUCCACCCUGAGCACUUUGUCUGCGCCUUCUGCCUCCGCCCCCUCUCCAAGGGCACCUUCCAGGAGCAGGAGGGCAAGCCCUACUGCCAGCCGUGCUUCCUCCGCCUCUUCGGGUGA